AAGUUUGAAGUUUUGAAUCUCUAACUUCGAAGAUCGUUUUUUUCUUUCUUUGGCAAAUUUUAACUGUUCUUCAAGAGGGGUUUUUUUGAGAUUGUUGACAAACCAGUGAUGAACUGUGGUUCACCUUCAACAAGAUGAAUGGAUUCUCCACCGUGGACGGCUUCGUGGAGAUAACCGAAUCCCUUGCAGAGAUGAUCAAGUACAUCGCGAACGAACCGUCGCUCGGUCUUUUGUAUGUUCAAAAGCACACGCAGGAUGCGGUUCCGAACGUCAUUGAUCUCAGUAAUCGAGUUGCGGAGAAGUCCUGGGAAGCGAGUUUGCAUUCGGAGGACUCGGAAGAUUCGAUCACCAUGGUGAGGACGAUGAAGGAAUGUGGCUUCCCCAUUGUCGACGAGAUGAUCAAGGACAUUGCGAAUUCGCUAAUGUUAAUAUCAUCGGAUGAGAAACUGAAGCAAGGAUUGGUCCACAGUCUUGAUUCGGGCUUUACCAUAACAAGGACUAGAUCUUGGGGACCGAUAUCAUGGAGUUAUGGUUCUGUAGAUGUCCAGCAGCAGGAUGGAAGUAACUAUUUUUCAACCCUAUUCAAAUCGGCAAGAGAGAAGGCGAGCAGUUUUAAGUGGUUGCAAUUCGAGUCCAAGGAACCAAGUGCAACAGAGCCUCAGAAGUCGGUUCGAUGUCCUGCUCCAUCGGUACCGCCUGCAUCUGCUAGCAUUGGUUCAAUUCCUGAUGAGAUAACAAGGGAGAAGGCAAGCGAUUUUAAUUGGCCAGAACUCGAGUCCAAGAGAACGAUAGAAUCUGAGCCUCAUAAGCCAAUUCGAUGUCCUGCUCCACCAGUGCCGUCUGCAUCUGCUAGCAUUGGUUCAAUUCCUGAUGAGAUAACAAGGGAGAAGGCGAGCAAUAUCAAAUGGCCAGAACUCGAGUCCAAGGGACCGAUAGAAACUGAAGUUCGAUGUCUACUGGCAGAUAAACUCCAUGAAGAAGUGAAGGGUGGAACUGAGGACGAUGCCAAACUUUCUGGUGAUAGUUUAUUGUUCGUGUCAGAAAACUACGACGAAUUCAAGGCGGAUAAAGAAUCUAAAUUGGAACAAUGGUUGGAAGGAAGUGAAUGCAAAUUGGGUAAAAGCAAUGGAGAAAGUGAGACAGAUGGGGUUUAG